GACCAAGGAACUGAGCACAGAGUGCCACACUCUAGGAACCAGGCUUGUACAAUGUUACCCUCUGCUGUGAGAAGAUGGCUGAACAAACCAAAGAAAUCUGACCCACGGCUUUUGGCAAAAUUUUUUUACGUCAAUGAGGAAGUGUCCAGUAUUGUUAAUGAGUUGGAAAACUUGGACAUGCGGAAAGACCCCCAAAACUAUCUGGUACUGCUUAAUCAGCUGCACAGCAGCCAGGAACGCAUGCUGUGUAUAAUAGAACAAAUUAUGGAACUGUGUGUACCAACAAAGAGACAAGAAAGAGAUUACCUCCUGAAAUUCCCUGAUGAGAUUGCGCAUGAAAAUAUGGCCACUCAAAUACUAUUUGCAGCAGAGCUUUUGGUAGGUGGCACUUAUAUUGAAGUAGAGGAGGCAGAUGGGAGUUUGCUCCGUCCCUUGGCACAAGAGCUACUACAUAGCCUGGCAGAUCUCCGCUAUGCAUUAAGAGAACAAAGCUUUGAAGAUCCCGGGUCAUUCCCAGAGACGAUACACAAGGCCCUGCUGCACUAUGACAGGCUUUCUGCAGAGUUUGAGUUAAGGUAUGUGUCAUUGUUGGUCUCUGUCAAAACCCCCGAGGAAAUUUAUUCACAGCAGGAAGUAGCAGUACUUUUCUGUGAAACCGUUUCCAGGGCACUUAAGAAAGCAUAUUUAACCCAGGAAAUGAUUGAUUAUUGUGAACCGGAGCUGAUGAUUUCUAUCCCACGUCUGGCAAUUAUCAGCGGUUUGCUGAUUUAUCCUGAUGGUCCCUUGAACUUACAGAAGCGGCCUGAAGAAAUGUGUGAACUCUUCAGACCAUUUCAUGGCUUACUUAAAAAAAUACAGGAAUUGUUGGGCAUACUUACUGAGCAGGAGUUGAUAUCUUUAGAGCGGGCACUGUGCUCUGCAUCUUCAGACGAUUCCGCAGGACACCUGUCUUCUAUCUCAGACUCUCCUAAUAAAUGGAACUUUAUAAGCCACGCCAAUGGAUCACUACCGGAGCCCAGUUCUACAAUUAUGGGGAUUUCAGAUAAUCCAAGAUCUGAGGUUCCAAGCUCUUGGGAAACCCAGUCAACCGGCAUUCAAUGCCAAUCCCCAGUGACAAUGCACAGCAACUGCACCUCUAAUUAUUGCAAAAGUGAUCGCAGUCACAAGACAUAUAGAGACCAGGGGGUUAUUAAAACAGCUGUCUUUGAAUGUUCUGGAAAUGCCGAAAUAGAGUAUACAAAAUUGCAGCAUCACAAUCUGCAUGUAAAAUAUUCGCACAGGAAUUUGACAUUUCAACAUGUGAGAUCCCGUUAUCGCAGUGACAGCGACAUGCUUCACCGCCUGUUUGUGUGCAUUGCAGGUGUUGCUGACCAGCUGCAGACCAACUUUGCAAGUGAUCUCCGUGUUAUUCUGAAGACUGUGUUUGAAACAGUGAGCUCGAAACAACAAGAGGAAAGGGAAAAAACUACAGAAAAUGCCUUUCGGUUACCUGACUGCUGCCUUUGUCAGAACAACAUAGAAUGUCACACCAUAGCUAAAUCAGUACCUCCAGAAUGGCUCCCAGACAAUGCCAGUUCCCACUGCAUGAGCUGCUAUGCAUCUUUCACCUUACUGCGCAGGAGGCAUCACUGCCGUAGCUGUGGGAAGAUCUUCUGUUCACAAUGUUCUGCAUACUCCUCUACCCUGCCUUAUAUCAUCUCUACCCAUCCUGUCAGAGUGUGCUCUCAUUGCUUCCAUGUUCACUGCAAUCCACUAAACAGCCACAGAAUGGAACAAGACUGGACUGGAGCCUGAAAAGGGCACAUGACAAUGACAGAUAUCUCAGACAGUGGCAAGGGGCCUGUUUACUUCUAAUUUGUUAAUGGCGACUACACAACCUGUUUACAAACAUUUAUUAUUGACAUUGCACUGAUUUUAUUAAGUGCCAUUUCUUACUUCUGCUUCUGUUGUCCAUGCUCAGGAGUUAAAGCUUGCAAGAUGAAGCCCUAAUUAUUCUGCAGGGUUUUUAUUCACUAUAGAAAUCAUUUAAGCAUUUUCAUGUGUGUAUGUUUUUUUAUUUUUAUUUUAACAAACGGAUUCUGUAGUUAUAUAUUCUAUCCUAUAUUAUACCCCAUAUUAUGUGAGCCACUGGGAGCUUUUCAUCAGCACUUGUUAAAGGUUUGCUUGCGAAUUCUAGGAAGACACUGUGCUCUUAUAUUCUUAAAGAAAACAUGUUGGAAGCACUUAGUGCUUCUUUCACAGAUUUUAGCAGAGAGUUUUCUUGGCAGGAUCUGUUGGCAAAUGUAAUGUUUUUAUUAGAAUUUAUAAGCUAAAACUAUAUGAAUGAAUAAAAGUAACUCCAUAUUGCAUAAAACAAAAUCAUUGGAAAAAUAUCAGUGAUGGUGUCCCUUGAAAGUAUAGACUUUAAUGUGCAGUAUUUUUAUUUUCUCUUAGCAUUUGGUGAC